GCAGCAUGGGGUAGCUAGCAAACAGAGGCUUUCCCAGCGACGCUGUACGUGUGCGAGACCGUGCGAGUCUAGUGGCGUGCAACAAUUUAAGCUAUAAAAAAAAUACAGUCUCGCGCGUCCGUACGGACCGGCGAUAAGAAUCGCCAUUGAUCGAGCAAUUAGUCAGUCAUCUGUCGGUACUGCUGCGGUGCGGAUAUAGACCUGCAACAGAGUGCGUCCCAAAACGGCGAUCUGUUCCUGUGCAGCUGAGCAGUCGAUUGAUCCUGAUUUUUGAAUUUCCGAAUGUACUAAGUAGACGUAGUUUUACACGCAACGUAGAUGGCGGAGAGUCGUUAGAUUUUAAAACCUAGCAACACUACCAAGAAACCCUCGCAGGUGUUUGUGGAUGGUUUGGUUUUGUUUACGUCGCACUCAAGUUCAGUGAACGGAUACGCGAAACUGAAACAAAGAAAUUUUCCUGCAAAAGCUGUAGAGCGUACACAGACAACCGGACAAAGAAGGCAAAACCAUGAGGAGGAAGUUGUACAUGCUGUGUGGUAUCAACAGCGAACGUAAGCUGAUUGUGGAUCUGCUUGCCAUCCUGUUUGGGAUUGGAUCCUGGCUCGGGAUUAACUCCGUAUACGUACAGUUACCGCUGCUCGUCGGCAGUGCACCGGAGGGAUGGAAUUUGCCCUCCUACCUGGUAGUCAUCAUUCAGCUCGGUAAUAUUGGACCGAUCCUCUAUACAGCGGCAUUGCGCAUCAAGUCCUUCCGUGACUCUUACCUCAUCAUAACGCUGCUAGUGCUUGGAUCCUGCGCAGCAAUGGCAACCGCAUUCGUGUACGAUCAAACGGUGCACGUGUUCGGUGCGGAACGGUCGGUGCCACUCUUCAUCACCGUGUUCGGUCUGUCCCUGGUGGGAUGUACCAGCUCGGUACUGUUCAUGCCGUACAUGGGACGAUUCAAGGGUAUCUAUCUCAUCACCUACCUGAUUGGGGAAGGUUUCAGCGGGUUUAUGCCGAGCAUAGUAGCGCUGAUACAGGGCGUCGGUGGAAAUGGUGAGUGUGUGCUGGUGAACGGGACUGACCCGGCAAAGCCACCUCAGUACGAGAGCUAUACACCACCGCCACGGUUCGGCACACGUCCGUACUUUAUCGUGUCGUCUGUGAUACUGGCGAUCAGUAUGGUGGCGUUUGUACUCCUCGACCGACUGACCGUUUGUCGCCGAGAGUAUGCAGCAGUAUCGAUCGGGAACGGUAACAACUAUGCGUAUGAACCGAGCAAACCAACUGACGAAGAAUGUAGAUCACAGUCGGAGAAGACAUCUUCACCGACGGAAGGUACACUAAACCGUACCAACUAUCUACUGCUGAUGGUGCUGAUAAGCAUCAUGUGCCUGUUUGGUAAUGGUUUCUUCCCUAGCAUACAGUCAUACUCCUGCUUACCGUACGGUAACGUAGCCUACCAUCUGACGGUCACGCUUAGCAGUAUGGCAAAUCCUGCCGCCUGUUUUCUAGCAUUCUUCGUCCAGAGAAACUCCAUACGUUCGAUAGUUGCGCUGUCGGUAGUGUUUGUACCAUUCGCAGCAUACGCACUAACUACCGCCAUCACUAGUCCAGAUCCACCACUAAUGCACCACGUGCUAGGAGACAUAUUGGUGGUUGCCUGCUGGAUAUUACUGGUUGGUUUGGUAAGCUACAUCAGACUAGCCAUCACAACGCUACUACGCUGCGAAGGUGGACAAACACUGGUCUGGGUCGGAGUAGCAUCCCAGCUCGGUUCCUUGGUCGGGUCGAUACUGUCAUUUACGUUGGUCAAUUUUACAGAUACCUUCGAGCAAUACUAUCCAUGUUAAGGACUGAUAUUAUUUUAUAGCAUUUAACGAUGGCACAGAACGAAACAAAAAGAAAGCCAAACAGUUAUUUGUAUGUCUACGAAUAAUCAUUACUGAUUGUUUUAAAGCAGGGAUCUCCAAACUACGGCCCUAGGCCCUCUCGAGAGAUCCCGAGAUUGACUCUCAGAUGUGGCUAUUCCACUCAAAGCGGCUCGCCAUCUAAAAAAUUUCUAAGGGCAUCGUUCUAAAGUAAUGUCAGAACUUAGUAAUGUCAGAAGAAUGGUAGGUGUACUAUAAUUUUCGUGAUAUUUAACAAAGAAAGAGCAAUAAAAUAAAAGUUUUAAAACUGUGACACUUAACAACUA